GAUCUGGGCGACGGUCGUCCGUUGGGGUCACUCGGGGUUACUUACCGUAUCCACAUCCAACGUUCCGCUCUCCAUUCCGACUCUAUCUAUGAGUGAAACUCCUCGCAUUACCGCAUCCGCAGCAGGGGUAAUUGUGUUUUGUGUACGUGUCCAUUCUCGUGAGGUUGCCGGAUUGCGCGCCGAAAAAGACCGAUCUUGGCUCGGACUGACCUGCUACUUCCACCGCAUCGUGCCACUCCCACUUGUUCAUGUUGCCUAUCGCCCAAAUAACCCAAUCGUGCCUAAGUCGUCACAGUACAUGAACAUCCCCGCGCGUUUUGUAGACGGCUGCUCGAGGAGAACAAUAGUUCCGUGACACAUCAAGCAAACGUAUACUCGCCAUGCCGGUCCAAGACCCGUUGCGUGUAACGAUUGUGGGCGGGGGCAUAGCGGGCCUCGCGACCGCACUUGCCCUCCGCCGGGCCGGCCACGUCGUCCAUAUAUACGAGCGGUCGGCAUUGAACAACGAGGUCGGUGCUGCGAUGCACAUCCCGCCCAACGCAACUCGUGCCCUGCUGGCAUGGGGGCUGGAUCCUACUCGAGCGAAGAUGGUCAAGGUAAAGGCGAGUUUCCGUGCCAAAGCGAGCACGCUCGAGAAGUUCCACGUCGGAACUACGGAGUCGUCGAUCCCACAUGCUUACGGGGCUCCGUGGUUCUUUGUGCACAGGGUCGAUUUCCAUGAUGAACUGAAGAGGUUGGCCAUGGGAAGCGAUGGGGUGGGCUUACCAGCGACUAUCCAUUUGAAGUCCAAGGUGGUUGGAUAUGAUACUGAGGGGCCAUCCAUCACCUUGAGCGACGGGUCUAUUGUUAGAUCCGACGUCGUGAUAGGCGCAGAUGGUAUUCACAGCACAGCAGUUGAAGCCAUUUUGGGCAGGGUCAAUGAGCCUGUGCCUUCGAAAGACCUGUACAACUUCUGCUACCGUUUUCUCAUAUCCGCCGCAGAUAUCGAGAAAGAUCCAGAGACCCGAUUCUGGAAUCUGAAUGAUGACGGGCAGAUGAAGUUCUUCGUGAGCGAUAUGAAACGACUUGUGUCGUAUCCAUGUCGAAAUAACGAGAUUCACAACUUCAUCGGUCUAUUCCACCAGGACGAUUUGAGCAUGAUGAAGGAAGAAGACUGGCAGGCUUCGGUUGAUAAAUCCACGUUGAUGGAGAGGUUUUCUGAUCUACACCCGAAGCUCAAAGCCGUUAUCGACAAGGCCACCGACGUCAAGCAAUGGGCUCUUCUUUAUAGGGAACCUCUUCCAACAUGGACGAAAGGUAGACUAGGACUAGCUGGUGAUGCUUGCCACCCGAUGUUGCCCCACCAAGGGCAGGGUGGCGCACAAGGUAUCGAGGACAGCGUAGUUCUUGGUCUCGCUUUCUGUGGCGCAGAGAAGCAACACGUCCAGACAAGACUUCGGCUAUAUGAGCAAAUCAGACGCAACCGUGCGAGCUUGGCGCAAGUAUUUAGCAACGCUGGACAGGACGAGCCGGAGCUGAUCCAGAUGGAAGCAUCAAAAUACAUACCACUGGAAGAAGUCCCUAAAACGCCCGAAGAGUUCUUCGACUACAACUUUGGAUAUGAUGUGAUUAGGGACACCUUGAAUCAUCUCAAGCGUCUUGAUCCUGCUUUCGAGCUUCCAGGAUCUUUUUUCCAGAAUGAACCCGGGAAAGGCGUAUACCCCAAGGAAGUUCUAUAUGAAGCGCCGCUGGUGCAGCUCAACGAUACAAACAGAACAACCUAAAGAACUUUGCCGACAAUCCAAUCGCUGUAGGUGGAGAAGUUGCAUGAUUCGGUAUCGCAGGGAACCUGAAAAUUUUUUUUUUAUCAAAGUUAUCAGGGUCGCAGGCGCCUGUCAAGGACUAAAUGAUAUGUAUGCAAGUGUGUGUUUUUGCUGUCCUUGCAAAAGGGUCAACGGAGAGGAGAACUUCUGCACGUAGAGUAAUGUGAAAAUCUCUCAAUGUACAGAAAUUAUAUAUGGUUUUCAGCGUCUGAUGAUAAUUGCAUUGUACAGUUUUACUGUUUGGC